UCCAAACCUUAACAUCAGAUAUCGGCCUAAUGGUGAUCUCGUGUACAUACCUUUGCUGCGGUAUGCUGCAAGUAAGCAAGGCUGGAAAGUAUACACAAUAGACCGCCUCAGAGUCUAUCUACGGUCUGUAUCAUUCCUACAACAGCACUUAAGGGAUACAUAAACUCUACCAUUUCACAACCACACAUCAUUCAACAGCAUUUUAAUCCCCAGAUCCACUCUCUACCUCUAGCCCUCCCCCUUUUCAACCAGCCUCAUCUUCAAAAUGCCACACGUAGAAAGCACACCCUCGACCUACAUCCCCGGCCGCCUCGACGGCAAAGUCGCCCUCGUCACCGGCUCCGGCCGCGGCAUCGGCGCAGCCGUAGCCACGCAUCUGGGGCGCCUGGGUGCCAAAGUCGUCGUCAACUACGCCAACUCGACCAAAGACGCGGAAAAAGUAGUCUCAGAGAUCAAAGCGCUGGGUAGCGACGCCAUCGCCAUCAAAGCCGACAUACGCCAAGUCGCAGACAUUGUCCGCCUCUUCGACGAAGCCGUCGCGCACUUUGGCCACGUCGACAUCGCCGUCAGUAAUUCGGGAGUCGUAAGCUUCGGACACUUGAAGGAUGUCACAGAAGAAGAAUUCGACCGCGUCUUCAGCCUCAACACGCGCGGCCAGUUCUUCGUGGCCCGCGAGGCGUAUCGCCAUUUGACCGAGGGCGGUCGCAUCAUCCUCACUUCCUCCAACACCUCCCGCGACUUCAGCGUGCCCAAGCACUCGCUGUACUCCGGGUCCAAGGGCGCUGUCGACUCGUUUGUACGCAUCUUCUCCAAGGACUGUGGUGAUAAGAAAAUUACGGUUAAUGCGGUUGCGCCGGGGGGUACGGUGACGGAUAUGUUUCAUGAGGUUUCGCAUCAUUAUAUUCCGAAUGGGCUGGAGUAUACGGCGGAGCAGCGCCAGCAGAUGGCGGCGCAUGCGUCGCCGUUGCAUAGGAAUGGGUUUCCGCAGGAUGUGGCGAAUGUAGUUGGGUUUUUGGUUAGUAAAGAGGGCGAGUGGGUUAAUGGGAAAGUUCUUACGCUGGAUGGUGGUGCGGCAUAAGGGAGUAGAAGUAGAGCGGUAUUUUGAUGGAGAUGAGAAGCUAUUGUUAGAUUUAGAAUGUAUGGUUUUUUUUUCCUUGUUAGAUUUUCAUCGCUGCGAGUGAUUUAGUGGUGAAGCUAGAUAUGGAAUCACUGCC